GAUGUGUCAAUUGACUACAGUAACUACCAAUGUGUUGUUAUUGGUUCUAUGAACUCGGUUUGCUCACAUUGUAAGGCAUUAAAAUACAAAAACGAAGCCAAUGGAUUGUGUUGCGCAAAUGGUAAAGUGAAAUUGAUACCAUUGGAUCCACCACCAGAACCAUUGUACUCAUUGGUUUCAGGAAUAGGAACAGAUUCUAUACACUUUUUGACACAUAUCCAACAAUAUAACAAUUGCUUUCAAAUGACUUCAUUUGGGGCAACAAAUGUAGUUCGGGAAAAUUUUAUGCCAACUUUCAAGUUGGAGAAAACUUGGAAUCCCGUGAUAUUGUUUUACAUCGUCGGAAUGAUCAAUUACAACGUAUAAAGGAAACACAUCGCUCAUAUGAUGCACUGCAAUAUCCCAUUAUAUUUUGGCAAGGUGAAGAUGGCUACGAUUUCUCAAUAAAAAUGAUAAAUCCCAUUACAGGUUCUGAAACCAACAAAAAAGUCAGUUCAAUGAACUAUUAUUCAUACCGCCUAAUGAUUCGGGAAAAUGAAGAUAAUCACAUAUUGAAAUGUCGGCGAUUAUAUCACAAAUAUGUUGUUGACAUGUAUGUUAAAAUUGAAACGGAGAGAUUAACAUUCAUCAGGUUGAAUCAAACCAAACUCCGAUCUGAAGAGUAUAUUCACCUUCGAGAUGCGAUUAAUACUGAUGGAAAUGCACAGAAUGUCGGUCGGAUGACUAUUCUUCCAGCAACAUACAUCGGAAGCCCUCGGCAUAUGCACGAAUAUGCUCAAGAUGCCAUGUCGUAUGUUCGUCAUUAUGGUACAGUAGAUUUGUUCAUCACAUUUACAUGCAAUCCGCAAUGGAUAGAAAUCAAGCAGGAGUUAUUCCCUGGGCAAUCACCCAUUGAUCGUCAUGAUAUUACAGCCAGAGUCUUUAGACAAAAGUUGAAAUCUUUAAUGGAUUUCAUCGUAAAACAUAAUGUGUUUGGUGAGACACGCUGCUGGAUGUAUUCUGUGGAGUGGCAGAAACGAGGAUUGCCACAUGCACACAUUUUGAUUUGGUUGGUUGAAAAGAUAAGGCCAAAUGAAGUUGAUGCAGUGAUAUCAGCUGAAAUCCCUAAUGUACAAGUAGAUCCUGGAUUGCAUGAGGUAGUUAUCAAAAACAUGAUACAUGGUCCCUGUGGAACUCUUAAUCAAAAUUCACCGUGUAUGAUGGAUGGUAAAUGUUCAAAACGAUAUCCACGGACAUUAAUAUCGGAAACAAUUACUGGUAAUGACGGUUAUCCAUUGUAUCGUCGCAGAUCGACAGCAGACAAUGGAAAAUCAACAAUUGUCAAAUUAAAUCAACAAGAUAUUGAAAUAGAUAAUCGUUGGAUUGUUCCAUAUUCACCCAUUUUAUCAAAGACAUUCAAAGCACACAUCAACGUUGAAUCUUGCCAUUCAGUGAAAUCUAUUAAAUACAUUUGCAAAUAUGUAACCAAAGGGAGUGAUAUGGCUGUGAUUGGAAUUGGUGCAGAGAAUUCCAAUGAUGAAGUUACCCAAUACCAAAUGGGCCGCUAUGUCAGUAGUAAUGAAGCAGUUUGGCGAAUAUUUUCUUUUCCUAUUCAUGAGAGACACCCUUCUGUUGUUCACUUAGCUGUGCAUUUAGAAAAUGGACAAAGAGUGUAUUUUACAGCACAGAACGCAGUACAAAGAGCUGCUCAGCCACCAUCUACUACAUUAACCAGUUUUUUUGAGACAUGCCAAAACGAUGAUUUCGCACAAACAUUGCUAUAUUCUGAAAUGCCAAAAUAUUAUACCUGGAAUCAAUCCUCAAGGAGAUUUAUACGACGGAAACAAGGAAAACCAGUUCCAGGAUAUACAGAUGCCUGA